CACGCUUAAGCGACACCUAAAACUAAAUGAACUCUAUAUUGGACUAUCCAAAUACUAGCAUUACGAGCAACGCUUUCUUGAACCCGUUCACUAAAGGUGUGCAAUGGGCGGGUUGGGUGGGUUUUCGUCUCAAAUUGACUCACCUGCUUACUAGCGAGUUGAUUUUGACCCACAAUCCACACACGUUGUUCUGCGGGUCGGGUUGGGUGAGUGACGGAUGGGUGCGGUUGGGUCGUGCGUUAACUCGCAAAAGCAAUUCUCAAAUUAGCCAUUAAGAAAGUUGACUAUAACAUUUAUAACAAGUUCAUAGCGAAUUCGGAAGGCUGUAUCAAUUUAGACACUUGUCACUUUAUCUCAAGUGAAUCAAUGUAGUAUUUGCAUAAAAAAAAAUUGCUACUCUAUCAAACAAUUGUAUAGAGAAAACUUAUGCAUUUUGUGAUCUUGAUACAAUUGACAAUUUAUAGUUUUCAUCCCAGUAUUUAAUUAUAUUAACAAUAAUUCGCAUUCCAAUAUCCAAUAUCCAAGAAUGGAUAUUAAACAACACAAAUAAUCAAUAAUAGUAGUCAAAACUAUUAUUUAUUCUCCACCUUUAGAAGUAUAUGGUCAUAAUAUAGUGUGGUUUGAAAAUACGAUGAAUAUUUGAUAUUAUAAGAAACAAUAUUUUUUCAUGUGAAAAUAGAAUGCAGGUCAUUCGGGUGACCCGCAAUCCACCCACCACUCACUCACAUAAGUGCGAGUGGAAGAUUUAUCAAUUCGCAAUCCACCCACAUCAAUCACCAAUUACUUGCAUGUCCGGGUAUUUAUGGGUGGAUAUUAAUCCGCGGAUUAACCACCCACACACGUGCCCACUAGUACCUACCGUUCACAACGUGAAGUCGUAAACACAUACUCGGUGAAUGUUAAGUAGGGUCUCCAAACUUCCAUCUUUUUCGCUAAUGAGGACCCCGCAUCUGCUCUCCUACCAAACCACUUAACAAACAGCGCGAAGAAAGAGAACAAAACCCUAAUCCCUGCAAAGCCUAAAACCCUCUGCUGGUUCGUUCAAGCUUCACUGACUUUCAGAGGCCAGUCCUUUCAUUUCUCGUUGCGCCUCUAAACCCUGAUCGAAUUUGAACCGUACCAGUGAGAAAAAUCAAUCAAACAAACAAAUGGUGUGGUUUCAGUGUGAUGACUGCGGCGAGGAAGUGAAGAAGCCCAAGCUCUCUAACCACUUCCGCAUGUGCUCCGCUUCUAAGCUGUCGUGUAUUGAUUGUGGGGUGACUUUCGGCCCUGACACCGUCCAGGGCCACACUCAAUGCAUCAGUGAGGCGGAAAAGUAUGGUCCCAAAGGACAAGGGAAACCGGCUGUAAAUGGAGCAACGCCUAAAUCCAAGGACUCGAAGCAAAAGCCUGAUGUUGAUAUCAACGUUGGUUUGUCCCUCCGCCCGCCAUGGAAUUGCAGUCUAUGUAAUACCAAAGCCACAAGUAAGCAGGCUCUUCUUUUGCAUGCUGAUGGAAAGAAGCAUCGAGCAAAGGCCCGAGCCUUUCAUGCUGGCAGGCAACCUAAACAGACUGAAGAUGUUGUAAAAGAGAGCACCCCUAUUGGUUGCAAUGCUACAGGCAAUGGAUCGGGUGAGAAAGCUGCAUCUGAUGGUGCAGAUACUGAUGGAAAACUGGAGGAUGGGCUUUUACCAUCAGAAAAGAAGAGAAAACUAGAUGUGGCAGAUACUAUUGGUAAUGUUAGUGUGAAAAAGGCCAAGGGUGAAACAGACGGUAAAUCGAAGAAAGUCGAGCAAAACGGGACUACUACUGAUAAGAAGUUAGAAUCUGUCAGUCCAGAAGAACAUACCGAGAACAAGAUAAAGUGGAAGAAGUUGAUCAAGGCAGCCCUGAAAUCCAAUCCAGACGGAGCUAUGAAAAUGAAGAAACUGGAGAAACAUGUGAAAAAGUUGAUCCAGGAAUCAGGGAAAGGUGUAGAUGAGGAUGAACUUGGUAAUAUUCUUCAGCAGAAGAUCAAUUCAAACUCCAGAUUCACAAUUGAUGGCAAAUACGUCAAGCUUGUGGCCAGAGUCUAAAACUGGAUUCUUGGCAUUUGGCGAGGUGAUACAUGUGCUUGGAUGGAAAUCAAUCAAUCAUAGAAGUUUCAGAUAGUUUUGCCGGCUGAUUCUUGUUUUGUCUCGUGAUGAGAUCUCUUGUACCAAAUGUGGCCCCUUUUCUUCUCUCCGGAGUUCCUUCGGAUACUGUUUCAACAAUUUUUAGCAGUUGAGCCUCGUUAUAAAGCACAGAACUUCCU